CCAAUCGCCAAAAAACACUGAGGAAGUAAGGAAAGACGCUGCAGGUUUCUAGCCUGAAAAGCUAAGCUAUUUGCCCCCGCUAAUAAUUUUUAAAUUAAAUGACUUCCGACAGUUUUAGAUUUGAUUCAGCUAGAAAUAAUAGCUCUGUGUGUGCUUGAUGAUUUAAAACGCCUUCCUGCUUUAAACCCUGAGACCUGUUAGAAUGAGUUCAGACAGAAAUUUCUCCUCCUCUCAGGAUCCUGAUGCUUCCUCACAGUUGUGUGCGGAUGUGAAAACAGAGACUUCAGGUAGAGGGAUGGAGCUCCAUGUGAAGCAGGAGGAGACUCUGGAGUCCAACGUCUACCACCAUGGAGAUGAUUUUGACAACACACCUGAAGUUAUCUCCAUUAAAGAGGAAGAAGCUGACAGUGAAUUCUACCUUUAUUGUGAAUUUUGCAAAUCUCACUUCUUCAACAAGUGUGAGGUUCACGGUCCAGCGCUCUUCAUCCCUGAUACUCCUGUUCCCUUGGGGGUCACUGACCGAGCCAGACAAACUCUUCCUCCUGGACUAGAGAUUCGGAAUUCCGAUAUUCCUGACGCAGGUCUGGGAGUGUUUAAUAAUGGGGAGAUUGUUCCAGUUGGUGCACACUUCGGACCCUACCAGGGAGAGCUGGUGGACCGAGAGGACGCCAUGAACAGCAGAUACUCCUGGGUGAUAUCACGACGUGGUCAGUGUGAAAAAUAUGUAGAUGCCAAAAGAGAGAUGCAUGCUAACUGGAUGCGGUAUGUGAAUUGUGCUCGUAAUAAAGGAGAGCAGAAUCUCAUGGCAUUUAUGUAUCAAGGAGGGAUUCUGUACCGAUGCUGUCGAGCCGUCGACCCAGGACAAGAGCUCUUGGUGUGGUACGAAGAGGAAUAUGCUAAAGAUCUUGGUCAUACGUUUGACUGCCUCUGGAAUAAAAAGUACUCUGCAAAUGAAGUAAAGAAAUCUGCAUUUCAACUUUUCUCCUGCUCAUUUUGUCCACUUUAUUAUACAUCUCAAAUUUACCUCAACAAACACAUCCAGAGCUUCCACUACGAAGAGGAUUUGAGGCACAAAUCAGGAGAGAGUCAGAUGCCCAUGAAUAGCUCCAGUAAUCAGCAAACAUCUGUUGCUCUUAGUUUCAACACCUCUCAGAAAGAAACACAGAAGAAAAGCGUUUGCUCAGGUAGCGGCAACAGCUUUACUCGUCCGAGUGCUCCGAAAACAUAUCAGUGCAGUCAAGCCGGGGAGAUGAUGUAUCACUGCUUACAGUGUGGUAAGAGUUUUAAUAAAAAGAGCAAUCUCCGAAAACACCAGCGCAUUCACACAGGUGAGAAGCCGUAUCACUGCUCAGAAUGCGAAAAGAGUUUUAUUCAAAAAAGUGAUCUCCGCCAACACCAGCGCAUUCAUACCGGAGAGAAGCCGUAUCACUGCACACAGUGCGGGAAGAGCUUUACACAUCAGAGUCAUCUCCAGCUACACCAGCGCAUUCACACAGGAGAGAAACCGUAUCAUUGCUCAGAGUGUGGAAAGCGCUUUAAUCAAAAGAGUAAUCUCCACGUCCAUCAGCGCAUUCACACAGGAGAGAAGCCGUAUCACUGCUCAGAGUGCGGGAAAAGUUUUACUCUACAGAGUCAUCUUCAUGUCCAUCAGCGCAUUCACACUGGAGAGAAGCCGUAUCAAUGCUCAGAGUGCGGGAAGAGCUUUACUCAUCAGAGUCAUCUCCAACGACACCUGCGCACUCACACGGGAGAGAAGCCGUAUCGCUGCUCUCAGUGUGAGAAGAGCUUUAAUCAUCAGAGUCAUCUCCAACGACAUCAGCGCACACAUACAGGAGAGAAACCGUAUCACUGCUCACAGUGUGGGAAGAACUUCUCUCAGCAAAGUACUCUCCAGCUACACCAGCGCAUUCACACAGGAGAGAAGCCGUAUCACUGCUCACAGUGUGGGAAGAGCUUUACUUAUUCACUUACCAAUCUCCGAAAACACCAGCGCAUUCACACAGGAGAGAAGCCGUAUCACUGCACACAGUGCGGGAAGAGCUUUACACAUCUGAGUCAUCUCCAGCUACACCAGCGCAUUCACACAGGCGAGAAACCAUAUCAUUGCCCAGAGUGUGGAAAGUGCUUUAAUCAAAAGAGUAAUCUCCACGUCCAUCAGCGCAUUCACACGGGGGAGAAGCCGUUUCACUGCUCUGAGUGUGGGAAAAGUUUUACUCUACAGAGUCAUCUCCAACGACAUCAGCGCAUUCACACUGGAGAGAAACCGUAUCACUGCUCACAGUGUGGGAAGAACUUCUCUCAGCAUAGUACUCUCCAGCUACACCAGCGCAUUCACACAGGAGAGAAGCCGUAUCACUGCUCAGAGUGUGGGAAGAGCUUUACUUAUUCACUUACGUUUAAGACCCACAAGUCUAUCACCUCUGGGAAAGAAAUGCAGAGUGAAAUUUACCACUGCUCAGAGUGUGGAAGGAGAUUUACGAGUCAAAGUGCUCUCAGAGUUCAUCAGUGCUGUCACGCAGGAGAGAAGCCGUACCGCUGCUUACAGUGCGGGAAGGGUUUUAAUCAAAAAUGUACUCUCCGAAAACACCAUCGCAUUCACACAGGAGAGAAACCGCAUCGCUGCUCACAAUGUGGGAAAGGUUUUAUUCAAAAGAGUGAUCUCCAGCAACACCAGCGAACUCAUACAGGAGAGAAGCCGUAUCACUGCACACAGUGCGGGAAGAGCUUUAAUCAUCAUAGUCAUCUUCAUCUUCACCAUCGCAUUCACACUGGAGAGAAACCGUAUCAGUGCCCAGAGUGUGGAAAGCGUUUCACCCAAAAGAGUAAUCUCCAAGUCCAUCAGCGCAUUCACACGGGGGAGAAACCGUACCACUGCUCACAGUGUGGGAAGAGUUUUACUCUACAAAGUAAUCUUCAACUCCAUCAGCGCAUUCACACCGGAGAGAAGCCACAUCACUGCUCACAGUGUGGGAGGAGCUUCACUCAUCAGAGUACUUUUCAACGACACCAGCGCAUUCACACGGGAGAGAAGCCGUAUUACUGUACAGAGUGUGAAAAGUGUUUUAAUCAUCAGAGUCAUCUUCAGCGACAUCAGCGAAUUCACACAGGAGAGAAACCGUAUCACUGCUCGCAGUGUGGGAAGAACUUCUCUCAGCAGAGUAGCCUUCAUGUCCACCAGCGUGUUCACACGGGAGAAAAGCCGUAUCAGUGCUCACGGUGCGGCAAAAGUUUCGCUUAUUCGCUUACGUUCAAAACCCACAAGUGCACUAACACAGAACCAUCACCUUAUUUGAACUAUUUGUCAAAUUAAAUAUGAUUAAAUGAUAUGGUACAUUCGUGGUGAAGGUGUUGGGCUACCAAUCAGAAGGUUGUGAGUUUGAUCCCACUGUUGGGCCCCUAAGCAAGUUCCUUAACCCUCAAUUGCUCAGUUAUAUAAAAAUGAGAUAAUGUAAGGGUCUAACCCUAACCCUAACCCUGACCCUAACCCUAACCCUAACCCUGACCCUAACCCUAACCCUGACCCUGACCCUGACCCUAACCCUAACCCUGACCCUAACCCGCUCUGGAUAAGGGCGUCUGCCAAAUGCUGUAAAUGUAAAUGUUGAAAAAUUGUUUAUUUAGACAUUCGGGUAAAAGGCAACCUGUAAACUGAAAAUUUAUGUAAACAGCAGAAAAGUGCCACUAUUUUGGUCCAAAUAAACUAUAUAAAUGUAAA